UUGCCGGGGAGCGGCCGCCGAGGCCCGCGGGGCCGGGGAACCGGCGGCGCGCGCGGAGAGGUACUUGAGGGGACUCCAGACGGGCAGGGCUCCCAGCCAUGCAGCCACUGGCCCUGCUCACGCUGGGUCCCCUCGGGCCUGAAGGGGAGCCGCGGCCACGGCUGACCAUGCAUCCCUGACACCAGACAUCUGGACGUCGCCAGCAGCCCAGGAGGAACCAUCUCCGGGGGGCGUCUGGGCUGCCGCCGUCCACGAGGGCUGGUCCCUGGACUAUGCCGUCCAAGUGGGCGAGCCGGGGGCACUCGGAGGUCGCCCCCCAGCAGCCGAUCACCGCCCAGGAGCCUGAAGGCAGAAUGCUCAAGGGGCAGCUUCCAAACACGGAUGAAGAGCUUGCCCCCCAUCCGGGGUCCCCGGCCCCGCCCACUGCCCCCCGCCUGGGGCCCGAGAAGAGCCCAGUGCUCCCUCUGGACACUGCGGCCCCCGUCAGCAGUAAGGAGGACGACCCGCAGGCCAAGGCAAGACCCUUCACCCCAAAGCCGCCUACCAGGCCCAGGCUGGAGCGAGCGCUGUCCCUGGACGAGAAGAGCUGGAGGAAGAGGCGUUUCCGAACCAGCCGGGAGGACCUGGCCGCGCGGAACGGGGCCAGCCCCUCCGGGGGCUCCCUGCCGGACAAGGCCCCUGAGACCCCCGCCCACGGCGGCUCCCCGCCCUGCCUGAGCACCUCCCUGCAGGAAAUCCCCACAGCCCGCGGGGCCCUGGGCGGCGGAGGCCCCUCCACAUGGGGGAGCUGCCUCUCCGGGAUGGUCAGCACUUCCCUGGACCUCCUGCACCGCGACGGGGCCGCGGCCAGGAGCAGCCCCCGGCUGGCCAGUGUGCUUCCCGCACGCCCGCUGCCCGCCAUGGACCACAGCGUCGCCUCCGAGUCCCUGCGGACGGCGCACAAGGUGGACUCGGACCACGCCGACUACAAGCUCCGCCUGCAGGCCAGGCUGUUCCGGGCCCACAGCAGCCUGGGCCCCGGCCGGCCCCCCAGCCCCCUGGCCUGUGACGACGGCUCCCUUCACUCGGCCAGGUCCACCUUCAGCCUCCUGGCACCCAUCCGCGCCCAGGACGUCCGCAGCAGGAGCUACCUGGAGGGGAGCCUCCUGGCCAGCGGGGCCCUGAUGGGGGCGGACGAGCUGGCCCGGUACUUCCCAGACCGGACCGUGGCGCUCUUCGUGGCCACGUGGAACAUGCAGGGCCAGAAGGAGCUGCCCCCGAACCUGGACGAGCUCCUGCUGCCGGCCGAGGCAGACUAUGCCCAGGACCUGUACGUCGUGGGAGUCCAGGAGGGCUGCUCCGACAGGCGGGAGUGGGAGACGCGCCUGCAGGAGACGCUGGGCCCGCACUACGUCAUGCUGCACUCGGCGGCGCACGGCGCGCUCUACCUGUCCGUGCUCAUCCGCAGGGACCUCAUCUGGUUCUGCUCAGAGGUGGAGAGCGCCACGGUGACCACGCGCAUCGUGUCGCAAAUCAAGACCAAGGGGGCCCUGGGCGUGAGCUUCACCUUCUUCGGCACCUCUUUCCUCUUCAUCACGUCCCACUUCACCUCCGGCGACGGGAAGGUGGGUGAGAGGCUGACGGACUACAGCAAGACCAUCCAGGGCCUCGCCCUGCCCAGGACCGUGCCGGACACCAGCCCCUACCGCUCGGACGCAGCGGACGUCACCACCCGCUUCGACGGGGUGUUCUGGUUCGGAGACUUCAACUUCCGCCUGAGCGGCGGGCGGGCGGCCGUGGAGGCCAUGCUGAAGCGGGAGGCGGGCGCCAGCGUGCGGGCCCUGCUGCAGCACGACCAGCUCGCCAGGGAGAUGAGCAGAGGGUCCGUCUUCAAGGGCUUCCAGGAGCCGGACAUCCACUUCCUGCCGUCGUACAAGUUCGACGUCGGCAAGGACUCGUAUGACACCACCUCCAAGCAGAGGGUCCCGUCCUACACGGACCGGGUCCUGUACAGAAGCCGCCACAGGGACGACAUCUGUCCGCUCAAGUACUCCUGCUGCCCGGGCAUCAGGACGUCAGACCACCGCCCCGUGUACGGCCUGUUCCGGGUGAAAGUGAGGCCGGGCAGAGACAACAUCCCGCUGGCCGCCGGCAAGUUCGACCGGGAGCUCUACCUGCUGGGGAUCAAGAGGCGGAUUUCCAAAGAGACCCAGAGACAGCAGGCGCUGAAGAGCCAGCACGCCAGCGCCGUCUGCACCGUCUCCUGAGGGAGCCGCGUGGGGACUUGUCGCCGCCGGCGGAGGGGCCUGGGAGACGGCGGGGCUGCCCUCCGGGCGUCCGGCUCUGGGGUGCUGACCGCCUGCUGCUGCUGGCCGUCCCGCUCCCCACGGAGCUUCCCUCUCGGGGCGGACCGGGCCAGCGACCCCGGCCUCGAGCCGCUCCCGGGCUCCAAAGCCGGCAGAGGGACCUGCGCUCCCGCCCACCCGCCUGCCAGGCGCCCUGGCCGCCUUUACUGUUUCGCCCAGCCCUGCGGCCUCCCAGCAGCCCCGCCAACCCACCCGAGCACAGGGGCUCCGGCCGGGGUCAGGUGCUGGGACCAAAUGAACGGAGGCCGGGACCAGGAGGGGCUGGCGGUUCGAGGCCCCCAACCACCCGCGCCUGGUCUUGGUGGCUUCAGACCGUGGCUUAGUAACACCAGGGACGGGGGGCGUUAGUUGUGAGCACCUUCCGGUCUGAGAGUCCACCGGAAGCGGGGGCACCACCGGGUGGCCCAGGCCAGCCCUUCACCCUGGAGUUCUUUUUCCUAAAGGGCUCAGAGCCCGGUAUCGCUUUGUCUUACCCCACCUCUUGAAAAACACAAACCAAAACAAAAAAAACGGCUUUCAUUGGGGGAAAAUCUAGGGGCAUUCGAUCCAGUCUCUUAAAUUAUUUAUUUUUCCAUAUUUAUAUUUUUAAAUAAAUGCAUCUAUUGAAUCUUAAA